GUGGGAUGGACUAUCGAUCAGGUAACGCUUUGCUUCUUUGUCCCUCUUCUUUGCUUCUUCCCUCGACAUCGCCGCCUGUUCGACUACCAGCGAAUAUACCCAAGGACAAGGAACUAGAAUUUUAGCAGGGUAGAAGAAGAGAUAGAAAAGGGGAAAAGAGAGAGAAACGAUAAAAAAGAGCCACAGCAGGAUGGAUCCUGUCGUACCGCAGGAAAUCACGAACGAAUUGACUCAGAUUCUAUCGAAUCUAGUGCUGGGUGAUAAUGAAAUACGCGCAAAUGCAGAAAAAGCGGUCAACGAUAGACUUACCUCUACUCCUGACCAAUACGUCCUAGCUCUCUCCCAAUUCGCCAUCACUGCAGACAAACAGGUCAUGCGUUCUUUCUCUCUCAUCCUCCUCCGCCGUCUCCUUUUUCGCGCCUCUCAAAACCACCCUACCCAUACCCAUCGAACUUUGACUUUAUACGACCGACUAUCCCAUACGGCCCUAACAACCCUCGAACGUCUCCUUCUUCAUUCAUUAGGCCACGAAACCUCCCCAAACGUUCGACGAAAAACAGUCGAUACCGUAUGUGACGUCGCAAACCAAGGCAUGGCACGAGGAAGACCCUGGCACGCUCUCCAGGCCCAAGUAUUCACCAUGGCUUCCACCUUCAACACCCCAUCAACCAAUUCUCCAUCCCCAACCACUCCCUUCCGCGCAUCUCCAGAAGCUAUUCGCGAAAGCGCGUUUCUGGUUUUCAAAGGUUGUCCCAACCUCGUUAUGGACCUCCAAACUGACGCCGUCUUAUCCGUAUUCUCGAGAGGCUUGAAAGACCAAGAAUCGAUCGCCGUCAGACAUGCGGCCUUAGAAGCCAGUAUUGUCUACCUCACAUCCGCAGAUCCCAAUCAACUCGCUCAAAGUCUCUCGUUGAUGUAUCCCAUUCUCGACACCCUCCCACCUCUACUUGCCGAAAUUCAAGCGUUACAACCGAACUCUGCGAAUCCUGUACCUACACCAACACCACCUUCCAAUACAUCUACGAAUACGACACAGAGACUUCGUAUGGAGGGCAAAUCCCCAGUGGCACAUUUGACGACGUUCAUUUCGUCGCUCACACCGCUCUGUUCAGCUCAGCCAAUGUUGUUUUAUCCGCAUCUCUCAGGGUUACUUUCUUUCCUCCCCAAUCUCGUCUUGCCACCUGCGUAUCCUGGGCCUACACCGACCAGUGACACGCCUUUCCUUGGACGGCCGUCUCCUUCGAAUCCGAAUCCGAAUUCAGGAUUGGGAGAAGAAUGGAACGAAGGGGAUGGGUAUGAAGCAAUCGAAGAAGACGAGGUUGAGGAGAGGAGCAAGUUGAGGUUAACGGCGUUGGAGUUUAUGAUCAGUCUUUGUGAGGCUCGGCCUAGUAUGUUUCGGAGGGGUCCUUCUACACCAGACGACUCGGCGGCGUCACCUUCGUGGCUUGGCGUUGUGAUACGAGCAUGCUUGGAGGGUAUGGCCGAGAUCGAUGAACAGUGUCCUUAUGGCGUUGAGGGCGGUUUGGAGAGGUGGUUGAGGGACGAUCCCUCAUCCUCUUCAACAGCAAGCGUAGAAAACGAAUCUGCACCAGCUUUAUAUGAACAAUCCUUGGAUCGUAUGGCGUUUGCGAUGGGUGGGAGGGACGUGUUACCUCCUGCGUUCCAGUACAUCCCAUCCAUGAUCGCCUCUUACGACUGGCGCGCUAGACACGCAGGCUUAAUGGCUAUAGCUGCUAUAGCCGAAGGAACGGGUAAAGUGAUGGUAAACGAGUUGGGAAAGGUUGUCGAGUUGGUCGUUCCGCUGUUUCGGGAUACACAUCCCAGGGUUCGAUAUGCCGCUGCUCAGUGUGUGGGUCAGUUAUGCACGGAUUUGGAAGAGAUAAUACAAGAACAAUACCACCAACAGUUGUUUUCGGUUCUUAUACCAGCUUUGGAUGACCCUGAACCUAGAGUCCACUCUCAUGCAGCCGCUGCGCUUAUAAACUUCUGCGAAGGCGUAGCUCGAAAUACUCUCCUUCCUUACCUUGACCCCAUCGUCGAAAGACUAUUACGGUUGCUAGAAAGUCCAAAAGGUUAUGUCCGGGAACAAGCAGUGACGACGUUAGCUAUGGUUGCUGAUGCUGCCGAGGGUGGAUUUGUAAAGCACUACGCAACCCUCCUACCUCUUCUUAUCAACGCUCUCCGUCACUCGACAGGAAAAAUGAGGUUGAAAGCUAUGGAAUGUGUCGGGCUCGUGGGUAUCGCUGUUGGGAAAGACGUGUUUAGACGGGAUAUUCAAGACGUUGGAGAGUGUUUGGUUAGAAUUCAGAAUUCUCCACCGGACCCAUCAGAUCCUCAACUACUACAUUAUCUCAUGGGAACGUGGGCGAAGAUAUGUCAAGCGAUGGGAGAAGAAUUUGAAGUCUACCUACCUGUUGUUAUGCCACCGCUUUUGGCGACGGCUAGUGCGAAAGCUGAUGUUAGUUUCGAGAUUGAUGAAGACGCGACGGCGGAAGGCUGGGAAACCGUCAAUAUGGAUGGGCAGACUGUAAGUAUUCGCACCGGGGCCAUUGAGGAGAAGUGCCAGGCGUUUGAAACGAUGGUUAUCUACGCUAGUACACUCGGCCCUCGAUAUGCACCUUACCUUGCUCAAAGUCUAGAAGUGACGUUACCCUCAAUGAAGUUUUAUUUUCACGAUGGAGUUAGAGAAGCUUGCGCUAUGCUCCUCCCAAUGCUUCUCUCCUCUGGCCAAAAGUCCUCCACUCUAACGACCGCCAUGGUUCAUGCGACGUUUAACCAACUCAUCAACGUCAUCAAAGACGAGCACGACACCUCAUUCAUCGGCUCCCUCUUUAAGUCCUUUGCUGACUGUGUCAAGGUUCUCGGGGGACCGCAAGUCGUCGAGAAAGAGUUUGUUGAAGGGUUAGUUGAAGGUGCGAAGAGGUUCGUGAUGGGCGUUGCUGAGAAACGACGGGCGAGGGCUCAUGGCGCUGGAGCGGAAGGAAGUGGGGAGAUGGUAGGCGUUGAAGGAGAGGAUCGGGAAGAGCUAGAGUUGAUCGAAGAGAUGGAACACUUUGCGUUGGACGAGAUUCGGGGGUGUGUCGGGAUGUGGAGGGAGGGUGAGCCUGUUGUUAUUGCUGUAAGUGGGGUGAAGGAACUCGGUGUUUGUGGGAGGUUCGGGUUGGAUGAGGACCUGGAACAGUGACUGCCCAGGCUCGAGUCCCUCCUUCUUUAGAUAAUUAGGAAGAACGUAUUAUAUGUGUAUAACGACCAUCCACGAAACGUGGUCUCGAGUAUUUGUAGCUUUAUCUUUUGCUUUCCUUUAUUGCUUUGCAUAGUUUCAGCGCUCGCGAUAUCUUACGAUGAAUAGAUUUCCGUCUCAUACAUUC